CGCAGUAGACCGGUUUUUGGCAUUUCGUGGCGGCCGUCACGCAACAAGCCGAGACGCCUCAGUUGUCAAGUUUUGUGGGAAGAGUACACGUCGUGGAGUUCGUACGUUCUGCAAUUUCCACCAUGUUCGAGAGGUCCGCAAUUUUCGCUGCAGCACUUCUUGUUGCCUUCACGACGGCCAUGCCAGUGGCAGAUCCAACGAAUAGUGGGUCGGGGACCGCAGAAUCGACUGUUAUGUGGUCAGCAGGUGGAGGGGAGACCAGUCUACUGACAUCAGACCCCGCCACCUCUUUAAGUGGAACAAUCCAAGUGACCGGAACUGGCGGAACAGGGUCUACUGAUUUCGGGCCUACUAACACCGAUCCGUUUAUAGGAAGCACUGAUCCCCUAAGUAACUUGGUCACCUCGACAGUCAACACGGCGGACCAGCUGUCGGGAAUGGGACAAGUUGAUGGAACCGGAGCGCAGACAGGAAGUGGCGUGUUAACCGGAACUGAUUUACUUUCCGGGACCGACCAGCUGAGUCAGAUCGACCCGCUCGCCGGAACUGAUUUAACAGGAAGUACAAACACGCAAACGGCUGGAACCGAACCGGUUCUAAUUUCCGGAACAGAUCUGUUGACCGGAACCGGAUUAACGGGAAGUGGAAAUACACAGACGGCCGGAACCGAAACUGUACCAAUCUCCGGAACAGACCCGCUGUCGGGAAGAGAUCCAUUAGGAGGAACUGUACCGGUGGAUGUGCACACAACCGGAAGUAACACGAUGACCUCGACUGACACCGGAACAGACCCGCAGACCGGAACAUGGUCCGGAACAGACUUGUCGAGCACGUCUAAUACCGGACUCGACCAACAGACAGGAACAAACUCUGGAGGGUGGCCCGGAACUGAUACUGUGAGCGCAACUAAUACCGGAACGGACCUACUCACAGGAACGAGUACCGGAACACAGACCGGAACGAACGCCGGAACAUGGAGUGGAACUGACGCAGCAGGCGCAACUGACGCCGGAACUAAUUCGGGAACGUGGAGCGGAACUGACGCACUGAGUGGAUCUAAUACCGGAGCUGGCCCACUUCCCGAAACGAAUACCGGAAUACAGACCGGAACGAACGCCGGAACAUGGAGCGGAACUGACACAGUAAGCGCAACUAAUACCGGAACGGACCCACUUCCCGGAACGAGUACCGGAACACAGACCGCCGGAACAUGGAGCGGAACUGACGCAGCAGGCGCAAUUAACACCGGAACGGACCCACUUUCUGGAACUAACUCAGGAACGUGGGGCGGAACUGACGCAGCAGGCGCAACUAACACCGGAACGGACCCACUUUCUGGAACCAACUCGGGAACGUGGGGCAGAACUGACGCAGCAGGCGCAACUAACACCGGAACGGACCCACUUUCUGGAACCAACUCGGGAACGUGGGGCAGAACUGACGCAGCAGGCGCAACUAACACCGGAACGGACCCACUUCCCGGAACCAACUCGGGAACGUGGAGCGGAACUGACGCAACGACCACACAAACCGGAGCAAACGCAUGGAGCGGAACUGACGCAACGAACACACAAACCGGAACAAACGUAUGGAGCGGAACUGACGCAACGAACACACAAACCGGAGCAAAUGCAUGGAGCGGAACUGACGCAAUGAGUGCAACGAAUACCGGAACAGACCCGCAGACCGGAACGAAUACCGGAUCUUGGUCGGGAACUGACGCAAUGGGCGGAAGUGCCCAGUCAACCGGAACUGACCAGCAGACGGGAAUGAACACCGGGAGGGACCCACUCGGUGGAACAAUGCCAGUGACAGGAACUGACCAAAUGGGUGGAACUAUGGGUGGAUCCGAUCUACUGGCUAACACAGGUUUCACUAGCACACUAGGGGACGCUAGCAGCACAGGUGGCGCCACUAACACUAACACAGGUACACAGGCUGGCGCCACGUCGUCGACAGCUGUCACGUCGCCUACAGGUGCCACCACGUCCACAGGAACAGCUGCAGGGACGUCGGCCCAGGCCUAUGACGUGUAUAGCUACCUGAAGCAGUCGUUCCCGACCCAGACGGAGGCGUGGCUUAGGCAGAUGGAGAAGACGAUUGGUCCAGUCUCGACCUCCGAGUUUCAGGCCAUGCAGAAACAGACGGCCGACAUGAUGAACCAGAUGCAGGGCGGGGCGCAGACUGGCUCCGCCUCUUCCAACACUGACACGCCCAUCAAUACAGGUACACAGGCAGUGUCACAGCCAACCUCGCAAACAGUCUCACAGCCAACCUCGCAAACAGGCUCACAGCCAACCUCGCAAACAGGCUCACAUCCAACCUCGCAAACAGGCUCACAGCCAACCUCGCAAACAGUUUCACAGCCAACCUCGCAAACAGGCUCACAGCCAACCUCGCAAACAGUUUCAGAGCCAACCUCUCAAAUAGUCUCACAGCCAACCUCUCAACCAACCUCACAAACAACCUCUCAAUCGACCUCACAGCAGAACAACUACCAACAAAUGUUUGAACAACAGAAAAGGGAAUGGUACCAAAAACAGCAACUGUUACAACAGCAACAGCUGCAGAAACAACAGAUGCUUCAGAAACAGCAGCUGCAGCGACAGUGGCAGCAACAGCUGCAGAUGCAGCAGCAGCAGAACAUGGUCGACCAGUAUGGGCAGUACAGGCAGUACGGGCAGUAUGGGCAGUACGGGCAGUACAAGACACAGAAUCACAACCUGCCACAGUCUUCACAACCACAGAGACAAGAUCCCUUUAUGUCCAGUCUAGGGUUGUUGGGAAUGACGGGAGCUUUCGGCGAGAUGGGUCCAAUGCUGGCAGCACUGUCCAUGUCAGGCAUGUUCGGGGAGAACAGCUCGGGUCAAACAGCUAGUCCUAUGCCAAACAUUGGUUCACAAGGCAGGAUGGGUGCUUCGAAUAAAAAUCCCAUGAGUGACAUCGCAGCUACCUUGGCGUUUAGUGGAGCUCUUGGAGGAGAAAUGGGUUCUAUGAUGCUUCCAUUGUUGUAUGCAGGUCAAGGUCAGGGCGGAGCUGGCGGAGACAUGUCACCAUUUUUAAUAAUGCAAUUAAUGAAUAAUGCGAAGUAAAUCAUCAGCGAAUUUCACUCUUUGUAUGUCGGUUUCGAAAGGACAGGGACACAUUUAGUUGGGAGAAAACACAUCAGCUGAGUUGAAGAGUGAAACAUGUAACAAGCUAUCUUCUGGAUUAUCUCCCCUCGUUGUGUCUCUAUCCUUCCUGUAUACCCGCUCGUCAUGUUUUCGUGUAGCGUUUUCUCCCGAACACACCUGUCUGUUUGUAGCCUGUUUGUCAAAGCCAUCAGAUAUAUUAGAUGCAAUAAAAAUAUUACUGGAG